AUGUCUUCGACAUAUACGCGUCUUUUUCGAGUGCUUUUCGUGAUCAUUCUGCUGAAGCUGAUCUUCCUGGUGGUCCUCUACUGGCGCAGCUAUGAGGGUGUCUCCAAGCUAACGGCAGGACUAUCCCAGUCCCAGUCACAGUCCCGCCGUAUGGUCGACAUCUUCGACCAGCUGCUGGUGGAUCGAAGGGAGAUGCCCAGCAUGGAGCAGCGUCUGCGCUGGAUACGCCAGGAGAUGCCCUCUUUCCCCCUGGAGGAGCUCCUGCAGCGACAGAGGCGACCAGCAGGCCGCGUAGAUUGUGGCCCGGCGCCGGAUCUGAUGAACAUCGAUUUCCACAACACCUACUGGCAGCGGGCACAGGCCGAGAAUCUCACGUACUACAUCUACGGGGCCUACUACGACGACCGUGAGGCGGUGCCCGAGGCUCCACUCGUCCGCCUGCUGACGAUGAUCAACCAGCACGACGACAAAAGCUUCAAGUACCCCGCGACCUACUGCCAGUUCUGGAUGGAGGACCGGGACAGGCCGGUGAUUGUGCCCGUCACAGAACACAAGGUGAUGUGGCCCUUUGGCCAUGCGCCGCGCCGCUACUAUCCCACCUUCAUGGGCUGCCGUCUGCCCGAGGGCAGGCAUCGCUGGGAGGUGCCACAGAUGGUGUCCCUGGUGGCCGAUCACUGCGAUCGGGCCAGGAACCUGCUGCGCGUGGUCUAUGAGGUGGACGCGGUGGAGCAGCUACCCGCAUCCGAAUCACAGCCUGGAAACGGAUCUAAAGUAUCAACUCCCACUGGGCGGGAGGAGGACAUCGAGGAGCCCCCACUUCGCUUUGCGGUGUGCGUCAAGGCCAUGGACUUUCCCUACGAAGACAAGUCCUGGCGGCUGAUUGAGUGGCUGGAGUUGAUGCGCUCCCUGGGUGUCCACAAAGUGGUUCUCUACGAUGCCCAGAUGCACCCAAAUAUGACGCGUGUGGUGCGUGACUACGUGAAGAACAGCCCGGGAUUCGUUGAGCUGCGGCCCAUGUCCCUCGGCCGCGGGGAACCACAUGCUCCGCCCCACUUCCAUCACUACGCCAUGGAGGCGGACGGCUUCAAUCGCAUCCUCAACGAAAUGAUACCCUACAACGACUGCUUCUACCGGAACAUGUACAAGUACGACUACAUAGGUGUCUUUGACAUCGAUGAGGUGAUCAUGCCCCUGGGGAACAGGACCACCUGGCCGGAGCUCAUCGAGAUCUCGCGUGCCGCCCCGGACUACGGGAACACCACGCCGGCGAGCUGCAAGGAGUGGGUGAGCUUCUGCUAUCGGAAUGUCUACUAUCCGCGGUAUCCCGAGCGGCCCAAGGUAUACCGUAACCUCUCGAGCUCCUUCUACAUGCUGCAGCAUGUGGAGCGGGUGCGGGAGCACUGCAAUCGCGCGGCGGCCACCAAGUGCCUGCACGACACGCGCUUUGCGGUAGGGCUGCAUAACCACUUUGCCUUUUACCACACGGAGGCCGCCAGCUGUGCAGCCAAGUCGGUGCCCAUAGAGUUUGCCCAGAUGCAGCACUACCGCGAGCCGGACACCAAGACCCUGCUGAUCGAUCCUAUCAUAGAUGCCAGCAUCUGGCGCUUCCAGCCGCAGCUGCAGGCUCAAAUCGAGGAGCGGUACCGAAGGCUCGGCUUCCUGCCCGACGAGCGGCAAUUGGCCGAAACUCUGGAGCGGCGACGCCUCGAGGACGAGUUGAUUCUUCGGGAGGCCGUGGGACAGAAUCCGGAAUGA